AUGGUGUUAAUGUACCUGGUCAUUUGCUCUGUCGUUUUAUUACCAUCUUCAUCGUCAGACUUUUGUUAUGAUGAAGGAUACUGUGAUCCAUAUGCGUGGGGAGACUAUUUUCCUUCUUGCCAUCCCAUAAUAGAAGGACAUCACUCGCCAAUCAACCUGGAUCACCAGGUGAGGAGGAACUUGUCUCUGGACAUGCUGCACCUGGAGGGCUUUGACUCGACCCAGAGAGGGAGGUGGCGGUUGAAAAACGAUGGUCACUCCAUCAUGCUGGAGGUGGACAGCGGCAUGACGGUGAGCGGUGGUGGACUUCCUGGGACGUAUGAAACCGUCCAGCUGCAUUUUCACUGGGGCAGUUCAUCGACCAACGGAUCAGAACACACCAUCGGACAGCUCAGGUUCCCCAUGGAGAUGCACAUAGUGAACAUGAAGUCCAUCCACCCCAACCUGACCGCUGCUCUGGAUGACCCAACCGGCCUCGCCGUUCUGGGGUUCUUCAUCGACGUUGCUUAUGCUGACAAUGUUAACUUCAGACCCAUCUCAGACGCAGUUCCAUCCGUCGCCUACAAAGGGCAAACGGCGUCUAUUAGACCGUUCCCGCUGAUAAGCCUUCUACCUCAGAACAACCUGUCACAGUAUUAUCGUUACCAUGGCAGCCUCACCACUCCGCCCUGCUCACAGGUGGUCCUGUGGACCGUCUAUGAGGCCCCUAUUUACAUCUCCUGGGCUCAGCUGAAGCAGUUUGUGAAUGGAGUGUAUUCCACAGAGGAGGGGGCCGAGAAACAGGCUCACCUGCAUAACAACUUCAGACACAUCCACCCGACUUUCAGCCGCACUGUUUACGCCUCCAAAGACGCCAGAGUGCUCACGGACGCUACCUGCCCUCCUCUGUCUGGAGCCGCCUUCACACUCCUCAUCGCUCUCACGGUCACUGGUCUCAGCUCUGCGCUCUAA